GCAGUCCGAGCCGCACGCACUCUGAGUGAGGCCCGGCACAGGAAUCGCACACACAGACAGACAGAAAUCAUGUCCAGCGGAGAUAAGUCCAAGACUUCUUCCCAGACUGACGGCAAGGCUGCUCAGGGCAAGAAGUCCGAGAUGGGAAUGAUGUCCUACAAGAUGUACGUGUUCGACCAGGAGAACUUCCAGGGCCGCAUGAUCGAGAUCAGCAACGAGUGCAUGAACGUGUGCGAGAUGGGCAUGGACCGCGUGCGCUCGCUGCGCGUCGAGUGCGGACCCUUCGUGGGCUUCGAGCAGAUGAACUUCUGCGGCGAGAUGUACAUCCUGGAGAAGGGCGAGUACCCGCGCUGGGACUCCUGGAGCAACUGCCAGAAGAACGACUACCUGCUGUCCUUCAGGCCGGUCCGAAUGGACCCUGAGAAGCACAAGAUCUGCCUGUACGAGGUGGGAGAGUUCAAGGGCCGCAAGAUGGAGAUCGUGGACGACGACGUCCCCAGCCUCUUCUCCUACGGCUUCACCGACAGAGUGGGCAGCAUCAUCGUCAGCUGCGGAACUUGGGUGGGCUACCAGUUCCCCGGGUACCGCGGCAGCCAGUACCUGCUGGAGAAGGGCGACUUCAGGCACUUCAACGAGUACGGCGCCCGCCACCCCCAGUUCCAGUCCGUGAGGCGCAUCCGCGACAUGCAGUGGCACCAACAGGGCUGCUACACCAUGGCCAGCAAGUGAGGCUCGGGGAGGGAGAGGAAGAGGAGGAGCGGAGGCGAGGGGGGGGGGAGGAGGAAGAGGGAACGGGGGAGAGACGCCUCCGAGCGCCCGUGAUCCAGACUGAGGGUUCGAGUCCGCCCCGACCGCCCGCCCUCCGCCUCCGCUCUACUCUUUCUCCCCUACGGGCUGAGCUUUGCCCCCCACUCCCCCUCCCUCUCCCCCCUUUUCUCACCUUUUUUAGUCCCUCCCCUCCACAGUCCUCUGAGACUCCAAAGGGGGAACACGACGAUGCCUUUUGCUGUUGUACACACUCGAUUCUGGGCUCAGGGUGCGAUGCACCGUGGACGCAGGGGGUCUCCCCGGCCCCCUGCCGCUCCAAGCCCGCUCGCCCCCGUGCAUCACACGGCUUCUCUGCUGUACAGAAUCCUGGCCAAGUUUUCAAUAAAAAGGAAAAUAUUCAUUUCAAAGAUUGUUUUUUUUUAAUUUUUCGUGGCUUAUUAGUGAACUUGAAUAAAAAGUUCAAAUGAUGAA